CCCCGACACCUACAAGUAGGGAGAAAAAGAGCGAGGCGCACAGCCAUUCAACAGCAGCUUUGAGCAGGGGCGGAUUGGCGGGGUUCAAAGGAACAUCACGAGAGGGCAGAAGAGGCACCAAGAAGAGGCAAGGUGAGAGGAGGACUAAGCCCAGACCGCAGCUCUCGCCUCCACCUCAAUUGAGCUGUCUUCCGUCACCCUCCCGCCAUCCUCUUCCUUUCACUCCCUUCUCGAUUCCUCGACCAGCACGAUAAUAAGAAGGGUAUUUGCGUCCAUUAUCGCAUGCUCCGCACCUGUGGCAUCGAUCUCCAAUUAGUAGAACACGGCAUAUCGACGGCAAUUGUCCUCUUCCAAUCAGCAGGCGUCGGGCAGAGUCGGACUGACUGUGUAGGCAAAACCACCUCGUCGCCCUCCGAUCUCUCCCGUGCGUUCAUCGGGAAUAGCACUUCAUUUCGGCUUGGCCCCAUCGUCAGAAAGAUACAAUAUCAGGUCGAUCCCCAAGUCAUGGCUGCCGACUAUUCUGCUCGUCUCCAAGCUGUUCACCAGAUCAGGCCUCACUCGCCUUCUCCAGCAACUGGCACAGCACGUUCAGCUUUAGCCAAAGUCCAGCUUCGAGCUUUUACCACCAGAAUGGUCUCUCACUCUGUCAACAAGACCGCUCUCCACCCCGGGGGUGUCGAGCCAACCCGCGAGCACACCGAGCUCGAAGAAGAGCUCCACACGACGGCUCACAUUGACUACGACCGCGUUGCCAUUGUUGCCAAUCCAUCAGUUUCUGCUCUCUACGAAGAUGCCUUGGUCUACGAAACCGGCACAGCCAUUACGUCCUCAGGAGCUUUGACAGCCUACUCAGGCUCCAAGACCGGUCGUUCCCCGCUAGAUAAGCGUGUGGUCAAGGAGGAAAGCUCGGAGAAGGAUGUGUGGUGGGGACCAGUCAACAAGCCCAUGACUCCAGAGGUCUGGAAGAUCAACCGAGAACGUGCCGUCGACUACCUCAAUACACGGAACCGUAUCUAUGUCAUCGAUGGCUUCGCUGGCUGGGAUGAACGAUACCGCAUCAGCGUCCGAGUUGUCUGCGCCCGGGCCUAUCAUGCCCUCUUCAUGCGGAACAUGCUCAUCAGACCCUCUCGGGAAGAGCUGGAACAUUUCCACCCCGACUAUGUCAUCUACAAUGCUGGGUCCUUCCCUGCCAACAGAUACACAAGUGGGAUGACGAGCGCCACCAGCGUUGCCAUCAACUUUGCUGAGAAAGAGAUGGUUAUCCUCGGUACCGAGUAUGCUGGUGAGAUGAAGAAGGGUGUCUUCACCGUCCUGUUCUACGAGAUGCCCGUCAAGCACAAUGUCCUGACCCUGCACUCGUCGGCCAACGAGGGUGAAGAUGGCGAUGUGACUGUCUUCUUCGGUUUGUCCGGCACUGGAAAGACCACACUGUCUGCCGAUCCCAAGCGCAAGCUGAUCGGUGACGACGAGCACUGCUGGUCCGACAAAGGUGUCUUCAACAUCGAAGGGGGUUGCUACGCCAAGUGCAUUGGUCUGUCCGCGGAAAAGGAACCUGACAUCUUCAAUGCCAUUCGUUUCGGCUCGGUCUUGGAGAAUGUGGUCUUUGACCCCGAGACUCGAGAAGUCGACUACGACGACGCCACCCUGACGGAGAACACUCGUUGCGCAUACCCUAUCGAGUACAUCGGCAACGCAAAGAUUCCGUGUAUCAGCGACAACCACCCUAGCAACAUCAUCCUCCUGACCUGCGACGCUCGUGGUGUGCUGCCACCCAUCUCUAAACUGAAUACUGCCCAGACUAUGUUCCACUUCAUCUCUGGCUAUACGUCUAAGAUGGCGGGUACCGAAGACGGCGUCACGGAGCCCCAGGCUACUUUCUCUUCCUGCUUCGCUCAGCCUUUCUUGGCUCUGCACCCGAUGCGCUAUGCUAAGAUGCUUGCCGACAAGAUUUCUGAGCACAAUGUCAACGCAUGGCUGCUGAACACCGGUUGGGUCGGUGCCGGUGCUUCCACUGGUGGCAAGCGUUGCCCACUGAAGUACACACGCGCUAUUCUGGACGCCAUCCACUCUGGCGAGCUGGCCAAGGCCGAGUACGAGACUUACGAUGUGUUCAACCUCAGCGUCCCUAAGUCCUGCCCCAACGUGCCGGAUGAGCUCUUGAACCCCAAGAAAUCGUGGACCGGCUCGGCCGACUUUGGUGAGGAGGUGACUAAGCUCGCCAAGUUGUUCAACGAGAACUUCAAGAAGUACUCGGAUGAGGCCACUGAGGAGGUCAUCAAGGCCGGCCCCGCGGUGUAGAUGAAGGGAAGUGGUGCGGAGUGAAGCGAGCUGUCGUUGCGCUGGAUCGAGCUGGACAUGCUUUGUUUUGUUGAUUUCUCACUUGGGAAAACUUUGGCUGUACAAAGUGGCAUCGAAAGGGCGUUUGGAUAAGCAGCGUUCGAUUGUUUGGAGCAAGGAACAACAACAAUACGAACGCGAGACGCGAGAGGCAUCACGAUUUCAACGAACGGACAACAUUUAUGACGGCCUUCCUCCCACCCUGCUGUCUCACUCGCCCGUUGCGGCUUGCAGACACGCGGCGGAGGGAGUCGACUGGCCCCCAUUAUAUGCCUGCUACAGUAGCUACGAGAUGGGCGAUCAUUUUCCUGCGGCACCCAUGUGUUGAUAGCUUUCCUUGAUUAAACCCCCAAAAUCAAUGAGCUUUUUCGUCACUCGUACA